AUGGCGGAGCUCGCUGGACUUAAGGUCGAGUAUGAUCCCGAAGCUGAGCUGCUGUCGCGGCAUUCGGACCCUGCUGGCAGAGACCUGUCGAGUAAUCAUAGCACACGAACAGCACCUGUCUUCACAAGUGCAGCUCUGGAUAUGCUCGGUCCGACCGUGAUACCUCAGCGUGCGGUCUACGGAAGUGUGAUAUCUUCGCAUUCUCAGUCGCACUCGGUGGCGACUCAAUCCGAGCGCCCGAGUAAACUCUACGUGAAUACGAAUGCCCCCUUCAGCGCUGUUGUGUGUGGACUCCAGGGUUCCGGGAAGAGUCACUCGACGUCAGUUCUUCUCGAGGGUUGUCUGAUUCAAGACCACCGUCUUGGGACACUUCCCGCACCGUUGUGCGGCCUUCUCUUUCACUUCGAUUCUGCUGCAGGAAGCGGGUACGUCCAGCCUUGUGAAGCUGCAUACCUUGCUUCUUUGGAUGCCACUCGUGGAGGUAAUGCGGCUGCUCCGGACGUUACUGUGCUCGUCAUGCCAAAUCGCGUCGAAGCGAUGCGGGCUGUCUACGCUAAUCUUCCGGGAGUGAAGGUUGAGGCCCUACGCUUCGCAUCAGGAGAUAUCAGCGGGGAACGUUUGCUGGCAAUGAUGAAAGUCGACGAGAGCAACCAGAUGCCUCUUUACAUGGAGCUUAUCUUGACCCUCUUGCGAGACAUGGAAGUUUUCGACUACAACGAGUUUCGAGCGAUGCUAGAGAAACAAAGGCUAAAUGGAUCGCAGAAGUCAAUGUUGAACCUCCGUUUGGCAUUGUUGGACUCGUGUUUGAAAGGUGGAGAUGCGAGUAACUGCGUCACACAAUUCUUCAAGCAAGGCACUUUGACCAUUGUCGAUCUUUCUUCGCCUUUCGUCGACUCCUCGUCGGCAUGCGGAUUUUUCGACAUCAUUCUUAGUCUUUUCGUCGAGGCUGAGGUUUCUACGGGGAAAAUCAUAGUCCUUGAUGAGGCUCACAAAUACCUCAGUGAUACCAACCACUCCUCAAAGCUCACGGACUCUCUUCUGAGUAUCAUCCGGCAGCAAAGGCAUCUGAAUGCGCGAGUGAUCAUCUCCACACAAGAGCCGACAGUCGUCCCCUCGAAAUUCCUGGAAUUGAGCUCAUUCAUCAUCGCCCACCGAUUCUCUUCUCCGAAAUGGCUUCAACACCUGGCGGAGCAUGUAUCGGCUGCUCAGACCGUCAAGGACGAGAUAUUUGAGAAGAUCAUCGAUCUUCGUACAGGUGAAGGCAUCAUGUUCGCGCCGUCUGGCUUGGGGAUCAAGUCGGCCGACAAGGAUCCCUCCGGCUCAACAACAGUGGCGCCUUUCGGCCAAGGAUAUCUUGUUGUUCAUUCCCGACAGCGAAUUACACGGGAUGGCGGUCAUUCUUUCCUAGCGGUGAGGGACGAAGCUGCCCAUACUCGUAUCGGAAGGGUCGCUGCACCCAAACCCAUGAAGAGCGCUACUACGAGUGGACAUACGUUCGCAGGGGCGAGCACCGCGCCGAAAGAGGCACUCCCUUUCACAGGUCAAUCUGUCAAAAUCGCAUAUGAUGCAACCGACAGGAGUAUCCCAGUUCCCGCGCCCUCCGUCUUAUAUCCCCCACAACUGCCCAGCAUGCCACCUGUGUACUCAACUUCAACUCAAGUUUCGUCCACGAAUAGACCCUCGGCCCUUCCCGCAGUGCUCUCAGCUCGCGUACCAGGCCUUACUCCCGUAACGAUCACGCAGCUUAGUUCUGUCGUCAAGGCGAAGAAUAGACCAAAAGAGCAAAGGGACAGAGGAAUUGCCCUUAUACCAUUCGGUCAAUUCAAGAAAGCGUUGAAGGCUCGAUAUCCCGCAGUGAAGGGAGCCAACGUUCCGUUGAAGGUGUUCUUGGUAGAGGAGACUAGGACGGGCGCGAUCGUAUUUGGGUACCAAGGAAAUUGGCAGAAAAGUGCUACAUGCUAUGUAAGGUUGGGUGAGGAGUAG